GCUAGUUUCCUCAACCAAACACUCAACUGAUAUUGUGUGAUAAAACUGGAAGUCAGCCGGCGGACGAGGGGCUGUUUGGUCAGAAAAAGCGCACGAUACCCGCCGCCCUCGUCGUCUCAAACAAACUCCACCGUUUCUGUGCUCAAACUUGCCUCACCGGCGAAGAAGACGGCGAAAAUCGUUGCUUUUAAAGCCACCAAAAGGCUGGUUUUUAUCUUGCUGUGGCUGUCGAAAGGCGGGGAAUACAAAGCGACGUGUGGUCAAAUCCAUUACAUUUUGGACUCAUUCAGGCAAAAACGGGAUUACUGCAAAGCCAGUUCGUGCUGCUGUGACUGGUCAGCGAUAGUACAUGGAUUAUCUGUGUUUCCGGGCACUGUGCUGUAAAGGACCCCCGCCACCGAGACCAGAGUAUGACGUCGUGUGUAUUGGCCUGACAGGUGCUGGAAAGACCAGCCUGCUCUCACGCCUCUGUAGUGAGGGCAGCGACGGCAUCGUUCCCACAACAGGUUUCAGCAUCAAAGCAGUGCCAUUUCCAAAUGCCAUCUUGAAUGUAAAAGAACUUGGAGGAGCUGACAACAUCAAGAAAUACUGGAGUCGUUACUACCAGGGGUCACAGGGUGUAGUCUUCGUAUUGGACAGUGCCUCAUCGGAUGAGGACCUCGAGGCAGCACGUAAUGAGCUCCACUCGGCCCUGCAGCACCCGCAGCUCUGCACACUGCCUUUCCUCAUCCUCGCCAACCACCAGGACAAGCCUGCUGCAAGGACGCCAAAUCAGGUGAAGAAGUACUUUGAGCUGGAGCCACUGGCCCGGGGGAAGCGCUGGAUCCUGGAGGGCAGCACCACCGACAACCUGGAGGCGGUGAAGGAGAGCUUUGGUCAAUUCAUCAGCCUGUUGGAGGACAAAGACACUGAGCCAGCAAGGAUAUGAAGCUUACGCUGCUAAUGCUAAGAGACAUUAGCAGCUGACGACAAAGAGGUACCACAUCCUGCUGGUGCCCAUGUACACACACACUCACGCACAGACACAAACAUGCACACACGAGAAAACACGGCAGAUGUUGGCCUCUCUGUUUGAGAAGUGUAUUGUAUGUUACCUUCCCUUCACUGCGCUCUCAUUUUGUUUUUUCAAAUUAGAGUGUGUGCACACGCCACUACAAGAGGAGAGCUGCCAUUAAACCCAAACAGUGUAAAGCCAGUUGUCAAGAAAAAUCAUUGAACUUUGCCAGAAAUGGGAAUCUUGUUUACUGCAGUCUGUGCCAUUGUGAUUAAACCAACGGCACAUGGGACAUGUGGCAAUCCUUUAGCCAUCAUUGGACACACACAUUCUCACCCUUAAACACACACUAUCACACACAAAGUGAAGCCCAGGUUGUCUGUAGAUAUGUUUAACAUCUCCAGUAAUUACUUUACAGGAUGUUUGGGUGGGCUUGGUUGAUGUUCUUUCCAUUGAGAAGCACGAUAUGGCUGUGCCUCUCUGUCUGACUCGCGAACAACGAAUGACGUUGUGUGAUCGGAGUCCGAAACCUUGUGUUAUGUACGGUAGUUACAUAUCGGUGCGUUAUGCCGUGUCUGAAAAUAUAAUCUGAAUAGUGUAGUCUGAGUAUCUCAUGGAGUAUUAUGUACAUGCAAACAGGCAUAUUGCUGUGUACCCUCCUACGCAGCCAUACACGAGUACUACUAAUCAUGUGACUAAGUGCUAGAUGACUUUAUGGAGACCAUUUGGAGGAAGUGGGAGCAAGUCUGAGUGCUUUUAUAAAUGUGCAACUUAGGAUAUAUUUUAUAGCUCUGUAUGUUAACCUCGUAGAGCUGCAUUCAGAUUUUUAUAAGUCAUACCAUACUUUUGAAUUCUUUUAAAUCAAAGACCAAAAAAGGAAAAAAAACAACAGUGAUUAUUGACUGGGCUGGAUGUAGCCACAAGGUAGAGAAAUGUGGUGGAUUUAGUUUCAUUUCAGUGUCCAGCAAUGUUUGUUUUAUUUUCUGUAUUUUUCCUGUAUUUUUCUUCCUUUUGAAUUUGACAUAAUCCCUCUCAACACCGGCCAGCAACUCCAGUCUCCCAUCAGGGUGGAAUACAAACUCUAUCAAUCAGCCACAGCAACAGCUGCAUCUGACAAGUCCCUGUCCGACACCCUAAUGCCUUCCAACUGUCUGUGAAGACCCCUCCCUGUCUGCUGUUUAUCGCGGACCCCAACCAACACCACCCCUCCAGUUCAGCUCCGCUCCCUGGUGGGUUUUUUUAUCCCAGAUGCCAUCGUUCAGCCUGGCUGCCCUCGUUCUGACUCCACCUCUCGAAAAUGAGUCGUGUUCGUUGUGUCACAGGUGUGUGCUCGUCCCCAAGAUGUGCUUCAGUCACGGAUAAUGUUCACACCUCCUCCGUGCGUGCUUUGUAUUUCUGUUGCUGCGGUUUUAUUCAGUAUUUUGUCAGGUUUUUAGAGAUUUAAUCACUUUUUGUACCUGACGUGAGAUCAGAGAGGUUGUUUUUUUACGGUCUGGAUGGAUCGCUGCAUUUGCUUGAAUGCAAAAUAAAACCAGACUUUUCAUAUCAUCUGCUCACACAUAGGUUUUAAAACAUUCACUUCAGUCUUUCUUUUUGUAUUUGUUUUUCAAUCAUGCGUUUUGUCUAAAAUAGCAAUUAAAGUUUUAAAAAUUGAAA